AUGGUUAAAAUGGGUGUGAUGGCUUGUGUAGACGUCACAGCAUCUCUCAACAGCUUCCUGGGCCCAUCCGCCAUCCCGUUAAUGACGGGGAGCCCUGCAAAUACAUCGACCUCCGUUAUCUCGCAACCAUGGCCGACGUUCCAGCGAUAAUAAACAUCGCGAUCUCCUUGAAAAUCCAACCCAAUGACGGACCCGUGUUUUAUAAAGUGGACGGGACGAGGUUCGGCCAGAGCAGGACAAUCAAAUUGCUGACAGGAUCGAAAUACAAAAUCGAGGUGAUCGUGAAGCCGGGUAGCGCGGAGGCCACCACAAUGGGAAUCGGCGGAAAGAGCUUCCCUUUGGAGCAGCAGUCCAAAGAUGAGGAGCAGAUCGUCUACAAUGGCACCUACGACACUGAGGGAGUGCCACACACCAAGAGCGGGGACAGACAACCUGUGCAGGUCUCCAUAGAGGUGACACAGCCCAGCCGGGAUUCGGAAUAG